CAGCCCCUGGCCCUCUCAGGCUCUCUUCCACCUCUCAGAGUCUACAGGCUGAAACAAUGUCUGAGGAGGCCUCUUUGGCAGGAAGUCCAUCUUCUUACUCAUCGGGUGGUCUCAGGUGACCUCUAUGGGCUAGGGACCUGACAAGACCACCAUUAUACUGGCUGACCAAAGGGACACCAGACCUGGAAACUAUGCUGAGUUGAUACCCUUCCCAACAAGACUUUUCAUGGACUGAGUUGGCCUGAAGGUCACAGACCACCACCAGUAUGGAGGACGCUUGCUGCAGGUGCUAAUUGACAUCCUCAAAGAAGAAUAGUGUCAACAAUCAAUAAAGCAGACAGAGCACUGGUAGAUUUAUGGCUUUGAUUUUGAAAAGGUGUGGGAAUUCCCAGUGAUGUUUUCCCCUGUACUCCUUUUGAAUGUUAAUGCUUUAUUGAAGAUGAUUUCAGACACACUGCUAGGAUACUGCCUCUACUCACUGAAGCAGAAUCCUCUGAAGAGUUGCUGAGGCAGAACUGAAAUCAUGGCUCGCCUCAAAGCAGCAGCUGUAUUGGCCACUAAUGGUGCCUCACACAGAAAGACGGUGCUCCUUUAACUCGGAGUUUUAAUGGGAAGUUUCUAAGCCUGAAACAACAGCUUUAGAUCCGGGGUGUGCCAUCAGCUGCUCACAGCCACCACUGUCUACUGCUUUAACACAGCGUGGUCAGGAAGAAUGGAAACUAAAGAGGCUUCUAACUACCUGUAACUGUUCCACCAGGAAAUGGAUCAAGUGUUUGUUCAGCCAGAUCCAGCACGCACAAAUGGACUUGACAAAGGGAAGACACAGAUGCACUGCGUGAUGGGAAAAGCCAGUCAGGACUAAAAUAUUUCCACAAUUCAAGAUCUCCAGGGUGCAGUCACUAUGCUCUCACCAGACUGAUGAUGGAAGAAAAAGGAACCAGGAUAGCCCAUGCUCUGACAGACCUGGACAAUGGAUGGAGGACCGCCCACCCCUUCGCCCCUAGUGCCCCUUGGGAACGUGUCAUCAGAUUCUAGCAUGUCUUUGGAGCAGAAAACAACAUUUGUUUUUGUGAUUCUGUUGUUUAUUUUCUUGGGCAUCCUCAUCGUCAGGUGCUUCCGGAUUCUUCUGGACCCAUAUCGGAGCAUGCCAACCUCGACCUGGGCUGAUGGGCUAGAAGGCCUGGAGAAAGGCCAAUUCGACCAUGCCCUUGCUUAGUGAGACAAAGAGACUCUCUUCCUGAGGAGAGGGAGUGGUUCAUGCCUGGGCAAGCAUUCCCUUUAGUUAAUAUUCUCAGCAAAUCAAAUUUUAACAAUAUCUGGCUCUAGGACCACUGUUAUUCCAUAAACAAAGAGUUGAAUUUAGAUGUUUUAUUUGAGAAUGCUGGAAAUGAAAGUUUAUAUUACUAACCAAAAAUAGGAAGGUUUAAAUGUCUGUGUUUAGUCAAUGAAUGAAUACUGUUGAGUGUCAGACUCUGAAAUCAAGAGCAACAGCACUGAUAUAGACUUUGCUAUGAAACAAAGCCUUACCUGACCUGGCCAGAGAGUUAAAGGCUAGAAAGGAUCUGUUCUCAAUCUGGUGACAAGACCAAGAAGAGCCUGCCUUGCUCCAAUCAUGCCUCUCCAUUAUUUAUUUCAGAGACAUCUGGGUCCUGGGCAUAGUGAGGAAGAUUUUUCUGAGAGGACCCAAAGUGGAUACUUAUCUUCUCCUAAAACAGGGAGCACUGGGAAGCAAUGGAAGGCUUAGCAGAGAUGGUUCUGUCCUUGGUAAAUAUGAGCAAAAAGAAUAUUUUAGUUUUCAAACAAAACUGAAUUAGAAGGCUACAGCGUUUUCAAAAUUGCUUACCAGGCCUAGUGCAUUUUCUGUAUUCAUAGUAAUAUCAUAUAUAGAAAUAGCUACAUAUAACUUGAAUUUCUUUAUGUUAAUGAUUAAAAUAGGUUACAAGUGCCGCUUCAAGUUGCUUUUAUUUUUAGUAAAAAGCCAAUUGUUUAGAGAAUGAUUACCUUUAGUCACCAAAUAAAACUUUUCAAGAAACAGCAAUGUUUCUUCUCAUUUCGCCGAGAUUAACAUGUUGGUAGUGGUGUGUCAUCUUGAAUGCUGAGGCUUAACAUUUUUCCAAGAGAAAGGAAAAAAAGCAAAGAGCAUGAAAGGUCAUAGAAUUCAUCCUUCUCCCAUUUCACAAAGGGUUCCCGCAAAUUGUCCCGAACAGAUUAAAACCUGUUCUAAGCAUUAAGUCCAUCAAUAAGGAAGAUGUGAACCCCUCACUCUAAUUUUUGAGAGGAAAAGUUUGUAUCUGAACCAAAUCCCUUUAUCAGUAUUUAUAAUCUCUGUCUUUCAAUUUUCUCCACAGUUAAUUAUCAUUUUUUAUUUAAAAAAUAACUUUAAAAAAGCUAGCUAUGCCCCAAAAGGCAACCUUCAGUAAAACUUUUUUUGAAUGUUUUUUGUGCCCAGCUGCCUAGAUUUCCCCUCCCCCAUAUUCCUCCUUGUUUGUUUUCUUGUUUCUCUUAACAAAAGUUUUAUUAAAAUAUACUUUGCAUACCAUAAAGUUUAACCUUUAAAAGGGUACAAUUGAGUAAUUUUUAGUAUAUCUACAGAUUUCUGGAACCAUCGAUAUCAAAUUCUAGAACACUAUUCUCACUGAAAGUCACCCCCAGCCCCCUCUUUCUCAACACUGACAAUCCACUUUCUGCCUCCAUAGAUUUGCCAAUUCUGGACAUUUCAUAUAAAUGGAAUUAUGUAGCAUAUGACUUUAGAGUCUGACUUCUUGUAUUUAGCACAUUUUCAAGGUUCAUCCAUGUUGUAACAUGACAUGCAUUACUUUGUACACCCAAAUGAUAGUCCAUUGUUUGACUAUCCCACAGUUUGUUAUUCAUUGGUAUUAUGGUUGUCCAUUGGCUACUAUGACUAAUGCUACUGCGAAUAUUUGUGCACAAAUUUUCUGUAUGACAUGUGUUUUCAAUUCUCCUGGGUAUGUACCUAGAAGUGGAUUUUCUGGAUCUUAUGGUAACUCUAUGUUUAACAUUCUGAGGAACUAUGAAACUGUUUUUACAUUACCACCAGUCAGUGUAUGAGAGUUUGGAUUCCUUUCUGCUACUCAGGAGGCUGAGGUGGGAGGAUCACCAGUUUGAGGCCAGUCUGGGCACAAUUUAAGAACAAAAAGAAUUGGAAGUAUAGUUCAAUGUUCCCUGGGUGAAAUCCCCAGGGCUGAAAAUGUUCUAUAUGUGUCAUUACAUUUUUUUCCUAUUUUCUUGAGAGUCUAUUUAGCUCUACUCAAGAGCUGAUGAAGCCUUCACUUUGAGUCUGGAGUUGCAAAAGCACUCAAAAGAGAGAAAGGAUAGUGUUAGUUCUUGCUCUUGAUUUUUACCUUGCAGUGGAGAAAUAAUAAAUGAAAGACGCCAUGUAAGGACCCCACAGGGCCGGGGAUUUAGCUCAGUGAUGCUGCCGCAUGCCUCACAAGUACAAGGACCCAAGUUCGAUCCCCAGCACCAACAAUAAAAUAAAAUGAAAUAAAAUAAGGACCCCACUGUUCCACACCAUCAGAAUCACCUGAAAAGCUUAAUAAAUAUGUUAUCAGGGAGUUUCUGUAAAAAUCACUCACCCCAGUUAAAUAUCUUCCAGGUCCUUCUUGCCUCAAACAAAAAAUUGGAAAAGAUAAGCCUAUAACAGAGCCAGCAGUUUAUUUGAAAAGUGAGGAGCAAGAGGGUAGGGGAAAAAAGUGGCUCUGCAGAGUGAACUUGGGGCCAACAAAAGAGGAAAGGAGAAA